AUGAGAGCGCGUUUGAUUUUGCUCGGUGUGCUUUCGAUGUGCAGCAUGUGCUUCAGUCAAGAGUGUAACACAGAAUUUCUGGAGAAUGUGGAUUUCCCAGGAACAGAUAAACAGGUCCUCUUCUCUCCUGAUGCCGCGCACUGUCAACAUCUCUGUACCCAGUACUCUGCCUGCCAAUUUUUCACUUUUGUGCGCUCAGACUGGACCAGAGAUAAAAGGCACUUCUACUGCUACCUGAAGUCCACCCCCACUGGACAGCCCAACAGGCGGACCCCACUGCGGGGUGUCACUUCAGGCUUUUCUCUGAAACCCUGCAGCCCAGCUCCACAGCCCUGUUUGUCUAAGGUGUACCAGAACAUAGACUUCCUUGGUGCAGACUACCAGACGUUUUUCACAGCUGACUAUGAGGGGUGUCAGAGAGCCUGCACACAGGACCCCUCCUGUCAGUUCUUCACUUUUGUCAAUAAUGUCUUCACACCAGAGAACAUCAGGAACAAGUGCCACCUUAAAUUCAGCUGGUCGAUACCUCAGACACCAGUCGUUGAAGCAACAGCUGGUGUGGUGUCUGGAUUCUCCCACAAAACUCAGAUGAGUCAGAUGUCUGACACAGCUUGUCAGGGCAAGCUAUUUCCCAACACUGCCACCCAGGGAAACUUCAUCCAGUCGCUGCCCACUGCUAUAGCUGAACACUGUCUGUCUCUAUGCUCCGCUCAUCCAUCCUGCACCUUCUUUACCUUUCACAGUGAAAACUUCACCUGCAACCUGAAGAAUAACCAGAAUGAAAUGGUGCUCAGGGCUCAAGCAGGAGCCACAUCAGGGAUACCGGAACGCUUCUGUCAGCUGGACACAAACUGGGCAAAAGUUCCUCUCGACGGAAUUGAUUUCCGAAGUUCUGUCAUUCGAUAUGUGCUGAUGGAUGAUGCAGAGACGUGUCAGAGGACCUGCACUGAGGACGUUAACUGCCAGUUCUACACCUAUGUCCAUUCAAGCUUUCAUAACAGUGAAUACUGGCGCCGCUGCUAUCUCAAGCGUACCAUCACUAUGCCUUCUCCUCCCAAGAUUGCCAAAUUGAGCAAUGUGGUGUCUGGCUUCACCUUGAGGAACUGUCAGGGUGUUGUAUAAACACAAACACGUUUCUAAAUACAAUAAAAAAUUGAGCAAUGUUUGCUUUCAGCUUGUUGAAAUGUUUUAGAGUAAGUUUUCACAUGUGUUCAUUUUAGCCCUCCCUUGAAAGAGAUCUGUUUAAGAGAUAUCAAGUGAGGAAGGAGGAGAAAAAAUAUCAGCAUAUGAUUCUGCACCAAGAUAAUCUAGCACAGAAGACAAGUUCAGUAUUUUUUUGAAAAAAUAGCAACAACUGGAAAGAAGUAAUCCUUUACAAAUGUUUUCUAAUGUUCAUUGCAUGAUGUAAA